AUGGCUUACAAUCUUCAACCACUCAUCACCAUCCUACAACAAAUCUUGAAUCCUGAACAAACACGUUGGGUUGUUGAUCACAACAAACCACAACUCGAAUCCCUCCUCAAAAAAGCUGUUUCUCUGCAGCAGAUUCUUGAAAAUUCUUUACUCCCCCAAAACAUAGAAAGUUUGGAAAGUCAAAUUAGAGAAGCAGCACAUAGAGCAGAAGAUAUCAUUGAAGCUCACAUGGUUGCUCAAAUGCUUUCCAUCCAAAUGCUUUCCAUCCCCGAAGGUGUGAGCUUUACUUUUUCAACGCCAGAUCUACAAAAAGUAAUGCAACAACUUGAUUUCAUAAUGGAACAAGUGGUGGAGCUUGUGCAGGAGAAGAUGAUGCCGGGUGGCAGUUCAUCGAGUGGCCCUUUUUUGUUGCCAGAUCUGAAUUUGAAGAGCGUCGAGGUGGGAGUUGAUGAAGAUCUGAUGCAGUUGAAGGAUCGACUGAUCGGGAUGCAGAGCAAGCUGGAGAUCCUGCCCAUCGUGGGUAUGGGUGGUAUAGGUAAAACCACUCUUGCUCGAAAACUUUAUCAACAUCCUUCCAUUGUUGAUCACUUUAGCUAUCUUGCUUGGACCACAAUUUCACAAGAUUACAACAUGCGAGCAAUUGUUCUAGGCCUUAUUCGUUGCAUAGUUGGAAAAGAAUGUGACCAACAUACGGAAAAGGGAGAUAACAACAACAACUGGAGUCGCAUUGUGAUUACCACUAGGGAAUCAAAUGUCGCCAAAUAUGUAGACUCGAAGAGUGUGCAGCAUCAGGUGCAAUUGCUAAGCGAGUCUCAAAGUUGGGAUCUACUUCGCCAAAUUGUGUUUGGAGAGGAGGAUUGUCCUCUUGAAUUACAAGGGAUAGGAGAGAAGAUUGCGAGUGACUGUGGUGGGCUUCCUCUUGCCAUCAGCGUGAUUGGAGGGCUGUUGUUAAAGGUGGAAAGAUCAAAAGAUGUUUGGGAGAAUAUUGGGAACAACGUAAGAGCUGCUUAG